UCCUAUUUCAGUUAAAUCUUUGGGUUAUGAAUGUUAUGAUUUACGAAUUUGAAUUGAAACCUGUUGUUUUAUUUUCAUUGAAGAAAUGGCUAGUUUUGCUGAAAUCCACCAAAGCACUACUUUUAAUUCUGGAUACCCAAUAUUUGAGCAGGGUACUAUUGGAAUUGACGAAGAACAUAUUUUUAAAAUUGAAUAUGGCAAAUAUGUUGAAAAUAAGAUUGUAUUUGAGUGCUUAUUGAAUUGUAUAGAUGAUUUAGAUCCGGAAGUUGGAAACAAACUAGAAGAUAUCAUAAAUGAUAUCAAGCUGAAACAAUAUUUAAAGUUGGAAAAUCAGAAUUUGUUGGGAUUAACAGUAAAGAAUAGAGAACUUUCCUAUCAAGAAGCAGAUCUUUUAAAAUCUGUUUUGCGGAAGAAAUUAUUGGAGAAAAAAAAAAAAGUAUUCCAAGAAUUCAAAAAAAUUACUUCUAAAGAUUUAGAUUUAAUCCUGAAACAAUUGAAGCCUUCACCAACUUUACCAAUAGUUAUUGAAUAUAAAGAUAAAUUAUUUAAAGAACAAGAAUUAUUCAUGAUUAAUGUGAAAAGAAGAAAUAAAAUAUUAGACGAAAUGUUGGAUAUUCGUUUAAGGAAAGUUCCUACAAUGUGUAAUCAAACUAUUGGAUAUUGUAAAGCUAUAAUAGAAAGUAAUUCCCUAAAAACUAAGCUUGCAGAAUAUAAAAUGAAGUUGGAUGUUUUCAAGGAAAUCCCCAAAGCAAUUGAAGCUUAUCAGGUGUUGCUGAAAGAUAUUAAGCAGCAGCAAGAAGAAUGUGAGUUGAGCAUUGAGAAGAUGAAAGAUUUAAAAAUAAAGUAUGAAAAUGUGAAAGGAAGGGAAUAUGAUGAAAUUUUAAGAUCAUACUUGAUGUAUAAACAUUCAAUUGAAGACAUGAAUAAAAUAUAUGGAAAUAUUAAGUGAUAACCCUCUUUCAUUAGUAUGAAGGUUUUGUUAUGUAUUAUGAUUUGAGGUUCAGAAUUAUACAUAUUAUUUCAAUUCGGAUGAAAAUAUUGAUAUUGUUCAAUAAAGGUCUAUUAUUUCA